AUGCGCCACCACCAACGUGCGGCGCUGAUAUUAAUUGCUCUUGCUUGCCUUCUCGCCAUGUCUGCGGCAGUAAUUGACGAUCAGCGAUUCGCUCUUAAUGGGAGGACACUACGCACGUCAAUGACGUCUGACGACGAGAAGGAUGACGAUGACAGAAUGGUCGACCUUUCUGGCUUGGGCCAGAGCGCGAAAUUAACCGAGUUGGGGGCAUUGAAAGACAUAAAGAUGAAGCCGAUUGCCGCCUUGACACUGUCGAAGCUUGAUGAGGCGGGCGACGACCUAUUCACGAGUCCGAAAUUCAAAACGUGGGUGAACUACGUAGCCUCCGUCGCGGAGAAACACUCGACGACAACAAUGAUGUCGAAGUUGACAGCUCAAUACAGCGACGGGUCUCUGAUUAGAAUGCUCGAAGCAGCGAAGAAGGUGGAGGGGGCGAAUGAGAUCGCACUGAGAUUGCAGCAAAGACAGGUGAGGACAUGGAUUAAAGCAGAAAAAACCGCAGACGAUAUUUUUGAGCUCCUCAAGUUGGACGAAGGGAUCGAGAAACUUCUUACCAACUCGAAUUUGGGCACAUAUGUCAGCUACAUGAAUCUAUUUAACAAGUACAGUCCUGGAAAAGAAACGACAUUGGUGAACACGUUCGUGACUUACUACGGAGACGAAGCGGUGGCGAAGACGAUCGAGGCGGCGAAGAAUGAGCCGGGGUCAGAGAAGCUUGCUAAGGAGUUGCAAGUCGCGCUUUUUAGUCAAUGGUUGAGGGAAGGAGCGCAGCCUAAAGAUAUCUGGAAAAUGCUUGGUCUAAAGGAGGGCACAGUGAACGUCAGCCCAAACGGGGAGAUUUGGCGAGGGUACGAGGCAUUUUUCAGUCUGCACAGCUAA